UAGCUAAUACCUGCAAAUGGCGUAUACCUGAGACUGGAGAUUGUCAAAGCAUAUAGAAGAUUGUAAAAUUGUAACUAACGUCCUUCUUUUCGCUCCCUCUGAAACUUCUCUUCUAUUUCUUCUUCCAUUCUUUGAAGGUUCCGAAGUGGAUAUUAUAUUCAUCAUUCUUUCCUCCUUAAACCCCGAAAGUUGUUGGUGUAAAGAACCUUACUUUAGUGUUCAGUAAUGGAUAAUUACGGUUCUUCAAAUUCAUACCCAUAUCAAAACUCAUAUACAUACCCUCAUAAUACUCCUCCUAAUCCUCCUCCACAAUACCCACCUCCCAUUUCAGAUCCAUAUCCACCAGCACCAGCCCCAGCUCCUGCUCCUGCUUCAUAUCCAUAUCCAUACCAAUACAAUUCUGCCUACUCAUCUCAAGCAUACCCACAACAACCAUUUUCAACCUCACAUUCAGGACCUGUAGAUUAUCACCAUCCUCCUCCAACUUCCCAUUAUUCCCCUCCAUAUCUGUACCCAUAUCCGUGUCCCGCUCCUCCCGUAGCUCAUGGUUCUUCUCAGCCAUCCCUUCAACACCAUGACAGUUUCCAAUAUGGCUCAUCAUCAGGCCAUUUUCACAAUGAGCAAUCCACUGCAAAUUACCCAUCUGUUGAAGUCCCAUCACCCCAAGUCGCUCCUCGUGCCGAUAGCUUCUCGAAUCAUCAUUAUCAUAGGCAAGAGAGUUAUAGUUAUGCUGGAGUUGGGAAUUCUGCACAUCAUGAAUUUGAUGCCGAAUCUGUCUCUUCUACAACCCCACUUGUUUACCCUCCUCUGGAUGAUCUUUUGAGUAAUGUGCAUCUGUCUGAUAGUCACCCGACUGCCCCUGCAUCACCCCCAGCGCCUGCAGUGCCAACUAGUUCUCCUCAAAGUGCUAGGUAUGAUAGGCAUGGGGAGUUUUAUGGGUACCCCAAUAGCUCGUUUUCGAGUAACUGGGAAGGUUCUUAUUUGGAUCAGGUGGGUUCACCUAGUCAUUCUGUAUAUUCACAUUCGGGCUCAUUCAAUGGGUCACAGCAUAGUCAGACCUUGCAAAUUGUGCCACAGCAGUAUAAAGGGUCCUUGAAGGUAUUGCUUUUACAUGGUAUUUUAGAUAUUUGGGUCUAUGAUGCGAAAAACCUCCCGAACAUGGACAUGUUUCACAAAACUUUGGGGGAUAUGUUUGCAAGGUUGCCAGGGAAUGUGACCAACAAAAUUGAAGGGCACAUGAAGAAUAAGAUUACUAGUGAUCCGUAUGUGUCGAUUGCAGUGUCCAAUGCUGUAAUUGGGAGGACUUAUGUGAUUAGCAAUUGUGAGGAUCCUGUUUGGGAGCAGCAUUUCAAUGUUCCGGUAGCGCAUUAUGCUCCUGAAGUGCACUUUGUCGUUAAAGAUAGUGAUGUUGUAGGGUCACAGCUUAUAGGAGUUGUGGCGAUUCCAGUUGAACAGAUAUACUCAGGAGCCAGGGUUGAGGGGGUUUACCCUAUCCUGAAUACUAGUGGGAAGCCUUCCAAGCAAGGAGCUGUUUUGAAACUUUCAAUUCAAUACAUACCAAUGGAGAAGCUAAGCAUAUACCAUGCUGGAGUUGGGGCAGGCCCCAACUAUUAUGGAGUUCCCGGGACCUAUUUCCCCCUUAGGAAAGGUGGCAGAGUUACUCUUUAUCAGGAUGCCGAUGUUCCAGAUGGGUGCCUUCCGGAAUUGAGACUUGAUGGGGACUUCUCAUACGUCCAUGGGAAGUGUUGGCAAGACAUUUUCGAUGCAAUACGUCAGGCCCGACGUUUAAUUUACAUAACGGGGUGGUCAGUGUGGCAUAACGUUAAACUAGUUCGAGAUGCUAGUCAUGCAUCAAAUUUCAGCCUAGGGGAUAUUUUGAGGUCCAAGUCUCAAGAAGGAGUGAGAGUGCUGCUGCUUAUUUGGGAUGAUCCCACUUCAAGGAGUAUUCUGGGUUAUAAAACAGAUGGAAUCAUGCAAACUCACGAUGAGGAAACUCGGCGAUUUUUCAAGCACUCAUCUGUGCAAGUUCUACUCUGCCCCCGCAGUGCUGGAAAACGACACAGUUGGAUAAAGCAAAGGGAAGUUGAGACAAUCUAUACACACCAUCAGAAAACUGUAAUUGUUGAUGCUGAUGCUGGAAACAACAGAAGAAAAAUCAUAGCUUUCAUUGGAGGACUCGAUUUAUGUGACGGAAGAUACGAUACUCCCCAUCACCCGCUGUUUAGGACACUGCAAACAGUGCACAAGGAUGAUUAUCACAACCCUACUUUCACGGGUACCGUUGCUGGUUGUCCAAGAGAGCCAUGGCAUGACUUGCACUCUAGAAUUGAUGGUCCCGCAGCAUAUGAUGUUCUUACUAACUUUGAAGAGCGCUGGUUGAAGGCUUCAAAACCGCAGGGGAUGUCAAAAUUGAAGAGGAACUUAUAUGAUGAUGCUUUACUCAGGCUAGAAAGGAUUCCAGACAUCAUCGGAUUGGCUGAUGCUACUUGCACCAGUGAGAACGACCCCGAAAAUUGGCAUGUUCAGAUAUUUCGUUCGAUCGACUCAAACUCAGCCAAACAUUUCCCCAAGGAUCCAAAAGAUGCCACAAGCAAGAACCUGGUUUGCGGAAAGAAUGUGCUGAUAGACAUGAGUAUACAUACAGCAUAUGUGAAGGCCAUUCGUGCAGCCCAACAUUAUAUUUAUAUAGAGAAUCAGUACUUCAUUGGGUCCUCAUACAAUUGGAGUUCGUAUAAAGAUUUAGGUGCUAAUAAUUUGAUCCCUAUGGAAAUUGCCCUUAAGAUUGCGGAUAAAAUUAGAGCAAAUGAGAGAUUUGCUGCUUAUAUUGUUAUUCCUAUGUGGCCAGAGGGUGUGCCAACUGGUGCUGCUACACAACGGAUUCUAUUUUGGCAGCACAAGACAAUGCAAAUGAUGUAUGAGACGAUUUACAAGGCUCUUGUGGAAGCUGGGCUUGAGGGUGCAUACUCGCCACAAGACUAUUUAAACUUCUUCUGUCUCGGCAACCGUGAGGCCGUAGAUGGAAAUGACACAGUUGUCACUGGAAGUCCUGCAGCAAAUACUCCUCCGGCACUAAGUCGGAAAAGCCGGAGAUUUAUGAUUUACGUUCACUCAAAAGGCAUGAUAGUCGACGAUGAGUAUGUAAUAUUGGGGUCUGCCAACAUCAAUCAGCGUUCUAUGGAAGGCACAAGAGACACAGAAAUUGCAAUGGGAGCCUACCAACCUCAUCAUACCUGGGCAAGAAAACUCCGUAAUCCUUGUGGUCAGAUUUAUGGUUAUCGGAUGUCAUUAUGGGCAGAGCAUUUGGGAACUAUUGAGGACUGCUUCAUACAACCAGAGAGCCUUGAUUGUGUAAGAAGAGUGAGAUCAAUGGGGGAGAAGAACUGGAAACAAUUUGCUGCAGAAGAGGUAACAGAGAUGAGAGGCCAUCUACUGAAGUACCCGGUUGAAGUCGAUCGAAAAGGCAAAGUGAAGCCCCUUUCUGGUAAUGAAAGUUUUCCAGAUGUGGGAGGAAAUAUAAUCGGGUCAUUCAUUGCUAUUCAGGAAAAUCUCACUAUAUGAUUCUGCUAUUCAUUACUGGCUGAUUAAUAAUUUUUAUUUUAUUUUUUUAUUAUUUCUUUUGGGAUUAUAAUUUAUAGGAAUAUGAAUAAUAAGAAAUGCAGUUAUAACUUACAGUAUUGUAUUCUUUCGAUUGCCUUAGAAAACCAAGGAUGAUGUCUAGCUUUUUGUUGUCUUGCGUAGCAUUAAACAUUACAGCUAUCUGACUUGUACAUUACUUCUUUAUUGUGUGUGUAUAUAUAUGUAUACACAAUAAACGAGGAGUUGUAUGUAAUAAGGUUCUUGUUUUGUGUUUAUACAUUCAUAACUCAUCACUUCAGAAUAAAAGCUUGGACAGGGUUUUCUCCAA